AGAAUAAGGCGACGCCCAAGCCGACCCGCUGCCGGCUGUAGUCACAGGAACUUCAGCACCCACGGGACGGACAGCGCUCUCCUCCACCUGGAGACCUGAGUCCCGCGCGCCCACGGUCUAAUUAAUCCCUCUACUCCGGAGCCCAGCGGAGCUCCACUAGACGCGGAUCCCCGCCACUGGCCCUCCCCGCGCCCACUCUCCUAGCUUUUCCUGUUUUUACUCCUCCUUUUCAUUCAUAACAAAAGCUACAGCUCCAGGAGCCCGGCGCCAGGCUGUUUCCGAAGCCAAGCGUGGAAGAAUGGGUUUCCUUUGGACUGGCACUUGGAUUGUGGUAUUGGUGCUCCACAGCAGCCCAAUUCAGGCUUUCCCCAAACCGGCAGGCAGCCAAGACAAACCCCUACACAAUAGAGAAUUAAGUGCAGAAAGACCUUUGAAUGAGCAGAUUGCUGAAGCAGAAGCAGACAAGAUUAAAAAAACAUACCCUCCAGAAAACAAGCCAGGUGAAAGCAAUUAUUCCUUUGUUGAUAACUUGAACCUGCUAAAGGCCAUAACAGAAAAGGAAAAAAAUGAGAAAGAAAGACAAUCUGUAAAAAUCUCCCCAAAUGAUAAUAAAUUGAAUGUGGAAGAUGUUGAUUCAACCAAGAAUCGGAGACUGAUUGAUGAUUAUGAUUCUACUAAGAGUGGACUGGACCGUAAAUUUCAAGAUGAUCCAGAUGGCCUUCAUCAACUUGAUGGCACUCCUUUAACUGCUGAAGACAUUGUCCAGAAAAUUGCUACCAGGAUUUAUGAGGAAAACGACAGAGGAGUAUUUGACAGGAUCGUUUCCAAACUGCUGAAUCUUGGCCUAAUUACAGAAAGCCAGGCACACACACUGGAAGAUGAAGUUGCAGAGGUUUUACAAAAAUUGAUCUCUAAAGAAGCCAAUAAUUAUGAAGAGGAACUCAAUAAACCAACAAGCAAGACUGAGAGUCAGACUGUAAAAAUACCAGAGGAAGUGACUCCAAUGGCAGCAAUUCAAGAUGCUUUUACUAAUGGAGAAAAUGAUGAAACAGUAUCUAACACCUUAACCUUGACAAAUGGCUUGGAAAGGAGAACUAAAACCUACAGUGAAGACAACUUUGAGGAACUCCAGUAUUUCCCAAACUUCUAUGCACUACUGAAAAGUAUUGAUUCAGAAAAAGAGGCAAAAGAGAAAGAAACCCUGAUUACUAUCAUGAAAACCUUGAUUGACUUUGUGAAGAUGAUGGUAAAAUAUGGCACCAUAUCGCCAGAAGAAGGUGUUUCCUAUCUUGAAAACCUGGAUGAAACUAUUGCUCUUCAGACCAAGAAUAAACUAGAAAAAAAUGUUACUGACAAUAAGAGCAAACUUUUCCCAGUGCCAUCAGAGAAGAGUCAUGAAGAAACAGACAGUACCAAGGAAGAAGCUGCUAAGAUGGAAAAGGAAUACGGAACCUUGAAGGAUUCCACAAAAGAUGAUGACUCCAACCCAAGAGGAAAGACAGAUGAGCCCAAAGGGAAAACAGAAGCCUAUUUGGAAGCCAUCAGAAAAAAUAUUGAUUGGUUGAAGAAACACAACAAAAAGGAAAAUAAAGAUUAUGACCUUUCAAAGAUGAGGGACUUCAUCAACCAACAAGCUGAUGCUUAUGUGGAGAAAGGCAUCCUUGAUAAAGAAGAAGCUGAUGCUAUUAAGCGUAUUUACAGUAGCCUGUAAAAAUGGCAAACGACCCAGGAGUCUUUUAACUGUUUCAGAAAAUGUAGUGUAGCUUAAAACACUUCUAAUUCUGUGAUUAAAGUUAUUUUGACCCAAUGAUUAUUAGAAAGUCCUGAAUUUACAGUAGUUACUCUUAAAAGUGGUUAAAACAAUAGCUUUCUUGCCAUAAAUACUAUCUGAAAAGUAAAGUUGUAUGUAAGCUGAGAGUUUGUAUAUAGAAUUCUUAUUUCCUUAUAGAUUUACAUUUUAUAACCAGAUAUAUGUUGCUUUGGAAAAGCCUGUAAUAGAGUGAACUUAAAGCUGAACCCUCAUUUCACUGUGUCACACAUACAGGUACCCUCCUUGAAGAAUUAGGGGGCUCUGUUUUCAAGGCAUGCUGGGUACCAAAGCACCUCAUAGACUAUCUGUUACAAGAUGUCACUUCUGUACCUCUUCCCUUUUGGGAGCUGAAAUAAAUUCACAUUUCCUCGAA